UCCCACAGAAACAACGAAUAUUGCAAAAGGGCGGCGCAAACUAUCACAAUGUCAAUUCAAAAGCUUAACGACAACGCAAACUCAGGAUACGUGAGCUCCGAGGAGACGGACUCUCUGCUGGUGAGCAGCGGCACCCCCAAAGGUGGGGGCGGCGGCGGUCGAACCGCCCUGCUGCGCCAGGUGAAGAACAGCAGCUCAGCCAAUGGACCAACAGUCGCCACCACAGUGGUUACCACAUUGCCAUCCGCCUCGGGAUCGGGAACGGGAUCCACCAGCAAUAUGGCCUCCGGGGGAUCGGGAGGCAAGCCGACUCUGAUGCGGCAGGAUCGCACCUCCACAUAUCUGACAAGUCCACAACAGUCGCAGCAGCAGCAGUCGCGUAUGGGCUCUGAGGAGAGUAUGCGCGGCGGGAUGAUGCAGCAUGACGAGGAUAUUGAACAGGGACUAAGAGCCAGUGGCACUGGUACUGCCGCGGUGCCUGCCACAACAACCAUGGUGCCAGACAUUGAGGUUUACGAAGAAGAGGACCAAGAUCCACAGCAAACACAGACCAAUAAUACAUCGACGACCAAGCUGGAGCAGCAGCAACAACCGACCAUAUCAAUUAUGAAUUUAAGCCUAAAGCCGAACGAAGCUGGCAGUAGUCUGGGUCCAAGCCCCAGUCCUGGGAGUCAUCCCAAUCUGGGGACCUCAUCAUAUCAAAAUCUGGCGUCCAGCAUACCGCCGAGUGCGCCGAGUCGUUGCCGAGCAUGCCGCAACUGCAGUCGCCGUGCUUCCACAACGCCCAUGUCCACCGGACACAUGAUCGACCGUUCCGCAUCGCGGGACAGCGUGAAGAGCGGCGGAAAUCUCACCAGCUCGAUGGCCAUUUGCAUAUCAAACUCUGCCCUCCAGCAGCAGCAUCAACAGCUACAGUCGCAGCAGCAUCCUUCGCACCAGCAGCAACACUUUCAGCUGCACCAACAGCUCCAGAUCCAGCAUCAGCAACAGCAACAGCUACAGUUGUAUCAGCAUCACCAGCAGCAGGUGCCCCCGGUGCUUAUCACGUCGUCCCCGACGAACGGGUCGCGCAUCAUUAGGCAGAGCUCACAGCCGGAGUCCAGCACCACGGCCAUAUGUUGUGGCACGCACGCAACUUGCGUGGGGCAUGCCCACUCGCACACGGUGCCCAAUGUGUCGCUGAAACAGUUGCGGGAGAGCACACAAGAUGGCAUCGCCGGCAUUGCUGCCGACUCCCUGCGGAUCAACGGUGGAAUGCGACCCUUCAAGCAGGGCGUUCUUCUAAUGCCUCGCACCUUGUCCGAAAGCCGAAAGUUGAGACUUCGAAGGGCCUUCACCGAGGCCACUAGCGAAACGCUCCAAAGCUCCAAAAUGCUCCGCAAACCGGCGUCGACACUCUCAAUUCCUGGCUCGAUGAAAACACCUUCCAUUGCGAACCGGGAACAGAUCUCAUCUGGAUGCAACGAAGAAGCGGCCGAGGCACUAGUGGGUAUCCACUCAGACUACCCUAGGUAUGAAAUGUAUAUGGAAGAACGUGCUCUUACUGGCGGCAAUACGUCCAGGAAGCCAUCAACAAACUCGGCCAAACACAAACCCAAUGUGGGCUAUCGCCUGGGCAAGAGGAAAGCCCUCUUUGAGAAGCGCAAGCGCAUCAGUGACUAUGCCCUGGUGAUGGGCAUGUUCGGCAUCAUCGUGAUGGUGAUUGAGAACGAGCUGAGCAGUGCCGGUGUCUACACAAAGGCAUCGUUCUACUCGACAGCGUUAAAAACCUUAAUAUCUGUUUCGACUGUGAUUCUUUUAGGACUUAUAGUAGCUUACCAUGCUUUGGAAGUGCAGUUAUUCAUGAUAGAUAACUGCGCCGACGAUUGGAGGAUCGCAAUGACAUGGCAACGAAUUAGUCAAAUAGGGUUAGAACUUUUUAUAUGCGCUAUACAUCCAAUUCCUGGCGAAUACUAUUUCCAGUGGACGACGAAAUUGGCCAAUAAGAAUAAAACAAUUGGCACCGAAAUGGUGCCAUAUGACGUAGCUUUAUCAUUACCUAUGUUCCUUCGAUUAUAUUUAAUAUGCCGCGUAAUGCUGCUGCAUUCAAAGCUAUUCACAGACGCAUCAUCACGGAGCAUCGGCGCUCUCAAUAGGAUUAACUUUAACACAAGAUUCGUUUUAAAAACUCUAAUGACAAUAUGCCCGGGAACGGUUCUAUUGGUCUUCAUGGUCUCCCUGUGGAUCAUCGCUUCGUGGACGCUACGUCAAUGCGAAAGGUUCCACGAUGAGGAGCACGCGAAUUUGCUAAACUCCAUGUGGCUCACGGCCAUCACAUUUCUGUGUGUCGGCUACGGCGACAUUGUGCCAAACACAUACUGUGGACGCGGUAUCACCCUCACCUGCGGCAUGGUGGGUGCUGGCUGCACGGCGCUGCUCGUGGCCGUCGUAUCCCGUAAACUGGAGCUGACCCGUGCCGAGAAGCAUGUGCACAACUUCAUGAUGGACACGCAAUUAACCAAAAGGCUGAAAAAUGCUGCGGCGAAUGUUCUUCGUGAAACUUGGCUCAUUUACAAACAUACAAGACUAGUAAAACGGGUUAAUCCCGGCCGUGUAAGAACCCACCAAAGAAAGUUCCUUCUAGCUAUAUAUGCGUUGCGAAAAGUUAAAAUGGAUCAGCGCAAACUAAUGGAUAAUGCCAACACAAUAACCGAUAUGGCCAAGACACAAAAUACCGUCUACGAGAUAAUAUCGGACAUGUCUAGCCGCCAGGAUGCCAUCGAGGAACGCCUAACAAAUCUAGAGGACAAAAUGCAGAACCUACAAGAGCACAUGGAAAGCCUUCCGGACCUAUUGUCUCGUUGUCUUACCCAGCACCAAGAGCGCAUCGAGCAACGACGGAACUUUUUACACCCAGACACUGCUGCAGCCCCCAUCCAACAGCCAACGCCCCAAUCGAUGUUCAAUGCAGCCCCCAUGCUGUUCCCCCACUCAAGAAGUGUUCCCUCAUCCAAUAACGCCGCUGCUACUUACCAUUGGCCAACAAGCCCUAUUUUGCCACCUAUAUCUAGUAGAACACCACAUUUAGUGCCUGAUACUCACAUGCCAUCAAAUGGAUCUGCAGUUAAUAGCUACGCAUCUUCCAACAAAUACGGCAGUUGAAUAUCAGAGAGAAGAGAGCGCUCCAGUUCCGUGAUUAACAUCGAGAUGCUACCAUUAAAGCCCCCAUCCCCCAAAACUACGUCAACGUCAAUGUCCAUGUCAAAACCAAAAGCCAUGUCGUCGUCGCCGCCACUGGGCGCUGAGAUUGCGCUGAGGCAACGUUUGCAUUCGCCGUCGUUAUCGCAGUCCCAAUCCCAAUCGCAGUGGCAGUCGCAGUCGCAGUCACAGUCCGAAACACAGUCACACGCACAGCUGCAAUAUCGGGGAAUAUCACAGUCGCUGGAAUACCUGUUGCAUCGUGUUGGUGAGACCAUACCACCGGUCAUACCAGAGGAUGUUGAAUCGCCGACUAAUACGAACACGAACAGUAACAGUUCACCGGACCAAAAUGUCAUAGCGAUGUGUACGAUGACUGUACCAUCAUCGAGCUCAGCGCCGGCAUUCAGCGGCAAAGCUGCCCCAAGGCCAAAGCAAACCGACGCUAGCGAUGGCAGUGGAAUUGUGAAAUCGAUAACGAUAACGGACCCACUGACUGCAGCACUGGCGACAUCGAAGCCGAUGCCGAUGCCGAUGCCGAUGACGAUGACGACGACGACGACGAGUGGCACAGCCGCCGCCUCAACAAAGAUCACUGAGAAUAAGUUUACUAGAAAGAGAGAACGUGUAUGCAAUAAUAGUAGUAAUAGUGCUAGGUAAUAAUAGUAAAUAGUAAAUAAUAGUGGUAAUAGUAAUAUUAGUAAUUCUACAAGUCGAAUUUCGAAAGUCGGCCUUUUGUAAAUAAAGCCUCUUCGGAAUGAGAAACAAACAAAACACAAAACUCAAAAGGUAAAACGCUAGCAUAUGCAUACAUACAAUACAUACAUAACUAUAUGUUAUAUACUUACAUGCAUAUGUCUGUUGAUGUACACACACACUCUUAUGGAUAUAUAUAGCCCU